ACACUACACAAGUCAGUCAGUUUGCCCAGCACUAAAGCCAAAGGAGAGCAGGUGUGAUAGAUGCAUUGAAUGGACCUUGGACGAACAGCAAAACGAGAGGCUCUGCUGCAGCGAGUGAUACAAGGACGAUUCCCAGCACCACGAACCGCCGCUGCUGCUGCUGUUGGACUCAACGUGCUACAGAACACUUCUUGCUCAACUGACAGAAUGGCGACGGGAGAUCUUCUCGGGGGCUUCGACCCGGUGCAGGGCAUGGGCCGCACGCAGGUCCUGGAGGUCACCAAAAACUACAACAACCAGCCGAAAAUCACGUACAAAACUGUGUCGGGUGUCAACGGUCCACUGGUCAUCUUGGAUAAUGUCAAGUUCCCAAAGUUUGCUGAGAUUGUGAAUCUCACGCUGCCAAAUGGAACGAAACGCCAGGGACAGGUUCUGGAAGUUAGCGGCACCAAGGCUGUUGUACAGGUGUUUGAGGGUACCGCUGGUAUCGAUGCCAAGCACACUACGUGCGAGUUCACUGGUGACAUUAUGAGGACACCAGUCUCCGAAGAUAUGCUUGGUCGUGUCUUCAACGGAUCAGGCAAGCCAAUUGACAAGGGACCUCCGAUUUUGGCCGAGGACUAUUUGGAUAUCCAAGGUCAGCCCAUCAACCCCUGGUCGCGCAUCUACCCAGAAGAAAUGAUCCAGACUGGUAUUUCUGCUAUUGAUGCCAUGAACAGCAUUGCCCGAGGUCAGAAGAUCCCCAUCUUCUCUGCUGCCGGUCUUCCUCACAACGAAAUUGCUGCUCAGAUUUGCAGACAAGCUGGUCUUGUGGACGUGAAUGAUGAUGGCAAAGCAGAGGACAAGAAGGAGCCGGGCAAGGAUAACUUUGCUAUUGUCUUCGCCGCCAUGGGUGUCAACAUGGAGACUGCUCGUUUCUUCAAGCAGGAUUUCGAAGAGAAUGGCUCCAUGGAGAAUGUGUGCCUCUUCUUGAACUUGGCUAACGAUCCAACUAUUGAGCGUAUCAUCACUCCCCGUCUGGCUCUUACCGCAGCCGAGUUCCUGGCUUACCAGUGCCAGAAGCACGUUCUGGUCAUCUUGACUGACAUGAGCUCCUACGCUGAUGCGUUGCGUGAGGUAUCUGCUGCUCGUGAGGAGGUGCCCGGUCGUCGUGGUUUCCCCGGUUACAUGUACACUGAUUUGGCAACAAUCUAUGAACGUGCUGGUCGCGUGGAAGGUCGCGAUGGAUCCAUUACACAGAUUCCAAUCUUGACUAUGCCUAAUGAUGAUAUUACCCAUCCUAUCCCCGACUUGACUGGCUAUAUCACAGAAGGUCAGAUCUAUGUUGAUCGUCAGCUGCACAACAGACAAGUCUAUCCUCCGAUCAACGUACUGCCCUCGCUCUCUCGUCUCAUGAAGUCCGCCAUUGGUCAGGGCAUGACGCGACGUGAUCACUCGGAUGUGUCGAACCAGCUGUAUGCUAACUAUGCCAUUGGCAAGGAUGUGCAGGCUAUGAAGGCUGUGGUUGGAGAGGAAGCUCUCACGCCCGAUGACUUGCUCUAUCUGGAGUUCCUUGGAAAGUUUGAGAAGAACUUCAUCUCACAGGGUGCAUAUGAUAACCGAACAAUCUUUGAUUCACUUGACAUCGGAUGGCAGCUCCUUAGAAUCUUCCCGAAGGAAAUGUUGAAGCGUAUCCCGCAGAGUACACUUGCGGACUUCUAUUCGCGCGACGCACGAGGCGCCCAGGCAGCUGCAGAGUAAGUCCUCGCUGUGUUUUGAUGAUUUAGCUUUUCGUCAUGUAGAAAUUGUAUCAAACAGAGCCCAUCCCAUCUGUUGUCCUAUUAUAUUAUUAUUCUGUUACCACGACCUGAUGCCCAGACUGAGAACUGGGGAGCACAGACAUUCGAAAUUGCACUCCUGCAGGUGUGCUUUCUUAGAUCAUUUCCUCUUUUUUUAAAUAAUUUUUGCUGUCCGUUGUUUUUUUGUUGCUGCUGCCUUUCUGAGAAUUUCUACUGCUCUCCCUCUAGUCAUAGGUAGAUAUAAUGAUUUGCUUACCAAGCAAAGCUAGCAACUUGGUCAACAUGUCCAUACAGUCCCCGUUUAAUGUACGCAUAUUUCAAUUGCAAUGACAUAUUUUUUAUAAUCAUCUGGCAGGACUGUACGUUCGCAGUUUGCAGCUGCCGGCUUCGGUAUGUUGUAUUACUACUGGAUUAAUCUAUUUCAAAUGCUGUUCUUGCCGUGUACAGAGGCCAUGGAUCCUCUAUUGGAUCGCAUGCACUUGUUCUUGUCAUGUCUAUUUUGGGAAGACGAUUGAAGAGUCUUAGACUAACAAUCA